GGUUUUGGGCGUCCAUGGCGACGAUGGCGAGAGGCGAUGGGCGGAGCGCGGAUCAGAUCAGGCCGCUGGCGUGCACGACAGGCUUGCUCCAUCGGGCGCACGGAUCGGCGCGCUGGUCGCAAGAGAAGAGCAUUGUCCUCGCGGCAGUGUAUGGGCCAAAGGCCGUGUCUGGGAAGCAGGAAAACGCCGAGAGGGCGACGGUGGAAGUGAUCUGGAAAGCCAAAGCGGGUCUUUCUGGGAGUUCUGAAAAAGAGGCUGAGGUGAUCUUGCGAAGAACAAUCGAGUACAUUAUCAUGGCGGCACAACAUCCAAAUACGGGCAUUUCAGUGAUCGUCCAGGUUGUGAGUGACGAUGGGGCUCUACUUGCUUGUGCAGUGAAUGCAGCUUGUGCAGCGCUCGUGGACGCAGGCAUCCCUUUGAAUGGUUUGCUUGCGGCUGUAACUUGUGGUGUUACUAGCGGAGGGGAGAUUCUACUGGAUCCGACAAGGAUGGAGGAACAGAGAAUCCAGGCCCAUGUGUGCUUGGUUUUUAAGAGCCCGGUCGCAUCUGUGGUGCCUGGCAUGUCUCAACACUCUGGAGAAGAUGCCAUUGUCACAUCUAUCACACGCGGCUCCAUGUCCGUGGAUUCUUACCUUGAUUGCUUGGCGCGGGCAAAGGCCGCAUGCAAGAUGGUUUCUGAGUUUUCAAGGAGCAGCAUCGAGAAAAAGCAGAUCGCGAUGGGCAUUAAUUCCAAGGCGUCUGAUAGCUAAAUUUCUUGUUCUUGUUGUUAAGUGUUAGAUUAUACGCAAACGUCAGGAUGGCCGAGCGGUCUAAGGCGCCAGACUCAAGUGCUGGUCUCCGUGAGGGGGCGUGGGUUCAAAUCCCACUUCUGACAGUCACGAACGACGACGCGGACAAACAACAUGUGUAGUUGCGUAUCUCGUCGGCGAUAUCAGUGAUAAGACGCAGCAAAUGGCUCCCAACAUCACGCUUUGAUACGGUCGCGGAUUUCGUAGCUGGGCCUUUGCAGCCUUUGGGAUCAUCCAUAUGCCUAUUGCUGGAUCGUUUGGUCGAAGAUAACGAAGCAUCUUGGGCAGUACUCGUAUCUCAUUGGAUCAAUACGCGCGACCUUUGACACCUCGGCUGACAGAGCAUGCAUUGGGCAUCAUCCACAGCUUGCAACGAAAGGACGAUCGCUCAAAACCUGGGUGUUUGCGUGGGACGGAAGAAAACGCUUGCGUGAAUUGUGGCACUGUUGCGUAGAUAUGGAUAUUGGAAGAGAAUCGUGCGGAAACUCUCCUGAGCAAUGAAAGGUAGAUCUUGGACACAAAGCCAGUUUUCCUGUUGCGGUCGCUCGCCACAGCGCUCAUAUCAUAAGAAAAUCGUAAAGUUGAAAAUGGUGGUGGCAUGGUCGGUUGAGUGCAUUAUUAUGGGACCGCAAGAGCAAAAGAAGAAGAAGAAAGAAAAGAGAGGAACCUUUCUCUGGCACUAUGCGGCAUCCAUGAAAUCAAAGGGUUAUUGAAAAGCU